AUGGAGAGCAUCAUCAAGAAGCAUGAAGAAAUAUUUGGGGGCAGAAAUCUAUUACUGAACAACACAGAGAAAUCUGUGGUAAACAUUUUGCAUUCAUACCUGGAACCAUUUCACAAAAUCACAUCCAAUCUGAGCGCCUGUAGGGUCUCCACGAUCGGUCUGGUUCUAUUCUUCAUGGAUCACGUCUUCGAACUGAUCAGCGCUUGCAGAGACGCCGGCCGCCAUGACUGGCUGAAGAUCAUCGCAGACGACAUGGCGAAGCGUGCCCGGAGUUUCAGCUCUCAGGGAUAUAACCUCUUCACAUAUAUGGCUGCAGUUCUUGAUCCGAGAAUCAAGAAGGAGCUCAUUCCCGAAAAACUCAACUCCGAGAAGAACCUCGAAGAAGCCAGAACCCAUUUCACAAGACAUUAUGCAACUUCUCAACUCCCUUCCAUGGCGAACGGAUUCAGUUCUCACGAUCCGGAUGAGGACGACGCCGUAUCAUUCGCCGAAGAAAUCGCUCGAAAACGGCGUCGAUUGAGCGCGAACACCGCGACCGAUGAACUUUCUCAGUAUUUAUCAGAACCCCCCGCUCCGAUCGCGACCGAUGUUUUCGAAUGGUGGAAGGUGAAUAGUUCGAGAUACCCUCGGCUGUCCGCCAUGGCUCGGGACUAUUUGGCUGCGCAGGGAACAUCGGUGGACCCCGACGAGUUAUUUUCGAGCAGAGGGGAUCGGAUUCGAAAGCAGCAGUUCUGCUCCUCUUAUGGAGUGAUGCAGGCGGGAAUGUGCGUGGAUUCAUGGAGUCGGAGCGGAUUCAAAUUCAAGUUUAAAUCUUCUGAAAUAAAGUUUGAGAAAGAGGGAGAGAACAGCUUGGCGGCUUGA